CUGCACCUGAUGAUGUUGAAAUAUUACAUGAAAAUAUCGAGGCUGUUACGUUAGAAAAGAGUCAAUCAUUUGAUAAUUUUGAUCUUGCGGAGAAACAUGUGCAAAAUUAUACUGAAUACAUAGGUUUUAAGAUAGUAAUAGAAUAUAGUACUGUUAUCGAAACUGCUGAAAAUGAAAGAGAUCAUGAGUUUGUCGAGAUGGUUAAAACAUAUUUGGCUAGGGUGAAUUCCUAUAUGCAGCAAAAUUAUCAGCAA